GCUGAAUUGAACCAAGAUGGCGGAGGACGAAGCGGGAGGCUCAAGUCUCGAUGAUUUUAAGAAAGCUUGCUUAGUCAGGAAUCAAAAUGAAAAAAAGCGAAGAGAUCGGUUUAACAACCUGGUGAAUGAACUAUCUGCUUCUCUGCCUAUGCGAGGGAAAAAACUAAGCAGAAACAACGUUCUGAAAUAUUGCAUAGAAUACUUCCGCCACACUCAGCAGCUUGCCACGACAUCAAGCAGCAACAGUCUUGAGAGGGUUUGUGGAAGUUGGCAACCGGAUUUUAUUACGAGCGAAGAAUUCCGUCAAACUAUGCUUGAUGGAUUAGAUGGUAUUGUAAUUGCGAUCGAUGAUUCAAGCAAAAUAUUUUUUGCUUCGAGUAGCGUGUUCCCCUGCCUUGGUUACGACUGUAAAACCCUUCAGAACAGCAGCAUUUUAGACUUGGUGCAUCCAGAGGAUCAAAGAACGAUUUAUGCUCUGCUUACAGCUUUUGACAAGGAUAAUACAAUCAGUAGACCAGCACAGAUGUUUUCCUGUCGCCUUCGUUUUGCUCCACGAAGCGCAGAGUUCAGAGGCGGGUUCGUACCCUUUAGUUGUAUUGGCAGGACUUUUAGAACUGAUCAAACAAGGGGGGAUCGCUUUAUUGUGUUUCUGGGGCGAGUUACAACUUUACCGAAAUUGAAUAAAACUGUUGUGCUAGCUGAUAAUGAACAUGUUUUGAAAUUCACAACGAGAUUGGAUAAAAUGUGGAGGUUUCAAUGUGUGGAAAGAGGUACGACCAUGGUUCUGGGUUACUAUCCUUUUGAGUUGCUUGGACAGUGUUUGUAUGAAUAUUGUCAUGAAGAUGAUUUGGCCAAUCUUACAGAGUACCACAAUAUGCUUCUUUAUUCAGGGGUAAUAACAACUUGUUGUUAUCGUCUUCUCGCCAAAGGACAAGUUUGGAUCUGGGUACGCAGUCGCUGCCAUGUGUCAUAUAGUCCACUGGACUCAAAACCAGAUUCUGUUAUUUGUGUCACUUGGCCCAUGAAAGGCACUGAAUUCAGUGCCUUAAACCAGCGGGAAAUCCUGGAGAGGGAUCGACAAAUAUUCUCUCAAAUUCUUGAAAAGAGUGGUGAAAAACUGCUCAGCUCAAAUUUUUGUAGUGGCACUCAAAAAAAUGCAGUAACAGCUUCAUCACCACCUUCUUCUUCACCAUCUCUAAAUCCAAUUCUGAAUAAGAAUGAAAUUUUGGAACAGAGCCAUGCAGUUACAGCAUGUGAGGAACUUCCACUGGGAUUGUCAACAAUGCAAUCCAGUUUUUCCAUAACUUCAGACCAUGGCAUGAACUUGGCUGCACCCCAGAAUGUUGAUGCUGGCGUUUGGCCUGUUGGAGGUGUUGACAGUGCUGCAGUUGUCAUAUCAAAUGACAACCACUUUAACUCAAGCGACCCAUUAGUCUACUCAAUGGAAAAUGUUGAUGAAAAGAGCUUAUUGCUAGCAGAUCAUGAUCAAAUGCCAGAAUCUUUGUCAUUUUCACAAUGGGUGCUCCACUUACAUCUGAGAGACCAAUACAAGAGUCUUACAGACUCCAUAAGGCAGCAGUCUGAGCAAAUUUCUGUCAUACAAAGACAGCUGGCAAUUCAAAAGGAAUUAUCUACACUCAGUGAUGAACUAGAGGUUCAACAAAAACGGAAGACACUGAACCUCAAAAAUACAGUGGAUGAAAUCAAAUCUGUUAUUCAGCAAAAGAUGAAAGAACUGCAAGAAUGUACUCAAUUAUCCAGCAUUUAACAGAAUUCACCAUUUGUAUGCUUUGACCUUGUUCAUAUUUGAAUCCAUGUGGUUGAAGUAUUAUGCACAAAGUAAUGCUUCAUUUUGAUAAUUAAAUUUAAAUUAAAUUACAUUUAAAUCCAGUAUGGUUCCACAAAAAAUCAUUCCAGCUGUCUUAUUGCAUGUUCAACAACUGAGCUGUUAAUACAUUUUGUCAAAUGUUGGUAAUGCCUUGCCAUCAAUUAUGACUUAGACCUAAGAGAAUAUUAAUAUUUUAACAUUUCAGGGGAUGAAAAUGUUGUGUUUCUGAGUUGUAAUUAUCUAGUUUGAAUGUUGUCUUACUUGUUUCUAUUACUCUAAGUUGGGGUUUUGGCCUUUUUGGUUUGCAAUAUUGUACUGUCUACAAAUUGCAUUUCAGUUUGAAAUGCAGUAUCUCUCUUUAAAUUACUCAUUUUAAUCAUUUUGGUGCUAUUCAGAAUUUCUGUUGAAGUCCCAAAAUUGAUGAUCAAACUACAUAGCCCACUGUAUUUCUCUGUCAGGAAAUGUUUCCUCUCAAAUAAGUUCCACAAAACCCACCACCCCUCCUCCCCUAAGUAUGAGCAUUCAUGCUAUUUAAGUCUAGCAGCCCAGAACAUCAUUGUAAACUGGCCAAUCAGUUUACACAACCACACUUAAAGCACUCAACUGUCUGACAACUCUUUAUAUGACUGUGAUUAUAACUUCUGCCUAAGUUGCCAAACUGGAAGGUACUUCUACCAACAACAGCCCUUCUUAGACUUCAUGAUUGCUACUUUUGCUGUAAACAAAUGUAAGAUAUAUAUAUUUAAUGAGUGCAAAACUCAUUUGAUAUGAAAGCAUAAUCAUUAAUGGUUACAACACUUUUUGCAUAUUGGAUCAGAUAACAAUAAAGGAAAAAUAUUAAGGCAUUUUUUUUCAUCGCAUUAAUCUUUAUUGUUAAGGUUAGAGCUGAAUCAUAUUACAGAAGGAAAUAGCUUUCCCUAAAAGUGUUC